CAGAAAAUGUCCUCGCUGGUGUUGAGGAGCCUCUCGAUACUGCUCGGGUUGUUCUUCAUAUUUAUCGGCAUCAUGAAGAUUUCGCCACACCUCAGCAAGGACCUGCAUCGAGAUUUGCGCAAGAACUACGUCAAGUAUGCGAAAGUGUUUCCCCUAUCGACACUGCUGGAGUUCAAAAUACCCUCGAAAUGGUACCGACGAUCGGUCGGCGGACUGGAGGUGCUGUGCGGGUUGGCCAUGGUGCUCAUUCCUAGCCAUAAAAUAAAAAAUGCGGCUAACAUAACGCUCCUGCUGCUGAUGUUCCUGGCUGUCUACUCGCACUACAUGGUGAGCGAUCCGUUCGAACGGUCCGGUCCAGCGCUCGUCUUCACCUUCAUGCUGAUCGGUCGGCUAGUGAUAUGGUAUCAGGCAAGCAGACGGGAAGCGGCACUAGCUGCGGCCACACAGCCCACUGCCAAUGGACUAAAACAGGAAUAG